UGUAAGUUGCAUGCGCACUAGAGAGAGCGAGACAGAACGUUUGGUGAGACCGUCGACGAGACGAACGCACCGCGCAAACCCACACUUGCACACAUACAAGAACACAGACAGCAACAACACGCACACACACAAUAAAACAAGCGACAGAACUGCGACUACGACAAUGUUGGAAGAGUGCUACUGUGAAAAAUUCAACAAAAGUGCUAAAAUUAAUAUUUAAAAACACGACUAGGGCGCAAAUAAAACAAUCAACAUUUCAUCCCAACGCAGAUUCCUGAAAAAGCUCGUCAACAUGGAUCGAGUCACAAAGCCGCAGAAGAAGAUGCUCAUCACGCUGCUGCGCGAAACAAAGUAUAUGGAGGGCAAGAAAGAGAAGGAAUGGUAUUGGGAGAAGAUUCAAGCGGCUCUCAAUACUAUUGGCCCCAAGAAGACCAUAAUACAGUGGAAAAAGUGCUGGCGCGAUAUGCGUUUGACGACGCGAAAAAAACUGGCGGAGCUCAAGCGUUGUCAGUUGUCUGGCGGAUCGCCACCACCGGGCAUUGAACUGAAUCAGGAGGACAAUGACAUCAUUGACAUCGUGGGCACGGAGUACUUCUACGAGGAGAUGAACGGCGAACUGAAACCCGAGAACUUUAUGACCGGGUUCGACUAUGUCCCGGAGCACUUCUGCGAUGCCAUACUUACGGCUGCUGCAGGCCAGCAACAGCAGCACAUGCAACACCAGAAGGAUCCGCAGUCGCAUAGCGGACAACAGCCCCAGGAUCAUCAUACCAACGAUGGCGAGACAAACGAUGCUCCGGGCUCCUCCAACGGUGGCUCGUAUCAGGGCCAGAAUGUGAGUCAGCUGCAGUCGCACAACGGUGGUGGAACGGAGCACGGCAAUGGCAAUGGAAAUGGCACACAGCCACAUCCGGGCAUGCCGCAGCAUCCAGCAUUUCAUGGCGGACUGCAUCCGCAUCUGCUGCGGCGACAGCACACAAAUUCGGCCAUGCAGCGCGAGUCGCCAUUUGAGGAGAAGCUGUUGCAGUUUAUGCAGGAUGCGUUCCCCAAGAAAAGUAAAAAGCGAAAGCAACGCGAUCCCGACAAGCUCUUUCUGUUGUCGCUCUACGAGGAAAUCAAACGCGUGCCGGAGGAGAUACGACUGGAUGUAAAAUCGGAGCUGAUGCAGAUCUUGAAAAAGUAUCAAAAGAAAUCGCCUGUCAAGGCGGAGAAGUCGUCAGCCUCCACGUCAUCCGCAUCCAAGCAGAGCGGCAACAGCAGCAGCAGCUCAGCUGCCGCGCACCUCUCGCACAGCAUGUAUCAGCUGCAGAAGAAGUACGAAAAGGGCGAGAAGGAGACGUCACCGCAGUCCCAGGUGGAUCCUGUGCCGUUGCAUGCGCCCCAACAGCUGCCACUGUUUCAGCUGCAGAAGAAGUACGAGGAGAGUGCCGAGAAGGUGCAUCAGCAGCAGAGCGAACAGCGCAAACUGGAGGCAGCCCAUCAGCAGCAACAUGCCGCCCACCAGCAGCCACCGCCGCCGCCCAAUGAGCAGCAUCUGCAUCAUCCACAGAUGGCGCACAACAUCAUGUUCCCGCUGGCCCAACUGCGCAACGAGCAGCCGCCGUCGCAGCAGCAUCACGCUCACAAUCCGCAUCAGCAGCAACAGCAUCCCCACCAGCAGCAGCAGCAAUCGCAGCAGCAGCAACAACAUCAUCCGCCAACGAUCUUCGGGUCGGCAGCCAGUGCAGCGGCCAUGAGCACGGAUCGGCCAGCGAUGUCCUACGAGAAUGUCGGAUGAAUGUUGAGCCGUCUGUGGGAAGCCACUUGUGGAGCGCGCCCUGCGACGGUGUCCCCCACGACGGCAGACGCGCACAACUGUUAAGCAACCAUGCAAUAUGCAACUUGCAGCAUUGGCAUCUGUUUUGCCAACUGUUUAAUCCAGCUCAUUGCGUCGGUAUUUGGCUCGACGAGAUCGUUAGACGUCGGACACCGUCGCUCCCCCCUUAAUCUGUCGGAACUGUGUGCAAAAUUGUUUCAAACAUUAGGUUAUACUCACACUUCUAAUCCUUAUGCUAGUUUAUCAAGUAGCCAUGAAAUGAUCUUCAUGUAAAUGCCAACGGAACGAUCCCAAGGCAUAAAAAACAUAAGAAAACUAAAUUGAAAUGCAUCAAUAUUUAUGUAUAAGCUUAUACAUAAUUGAAUUAAUUAAAAUACAUAUGCAAAUUGUGACUUUAUUUUCAAUUGCAACAAAUGAAUUUAUUGUAUGUAUACACAAAA